AUGAAAACAAAGCUAGCUGUGAGCAACCUAGAAACAGUGGUGUAUAAGGAGCUCCUUGUGUACAGUGAAAAGCCCCUGACCCUUUUGAUUUCUGGAGGGUCUAUACUCAGAAUACUGGAAUGCGCCACUAUUAGCCAGCUGGACAAGAAAGAGUGGACCGUUUUCUUCGCAGACGAGCGUCUUGUUCCGCUUGCAGACCCUCUCAGCAACUACAAGGACGCUGAAAGGUUCCUGCAGGGCGUUGGGACUGUGCACCCCUACAAUACAGCACUCUCUCGCGAGGAAAUGGUUGGCGAGUACAAAGAGCUUCUCCAGAACGCGAAGGUGGAUCUGGCCUUUCUGGGGAUAGGCGAGGACGGGCACAUUGCCUCCAUAUUCCCGGAGUCGCCGACUAUUGACUCAACGGACAUUGUGACCGUUAUAACGGACUCCCCAAAACCGCCGUCAGAAAGAGUCACAGUAACCCCCAGGCUGCUUACAAUGAUAAAGCGCAUAGUUUUCCUGAUCCCCAGGCUCCCAAACGGCCUGAUUAAAAACGUGUCUGAGCCGCACUUUUCGAUUCUCUCGAGAGUGAACACAGACAUAGUAAUUGCCAGCAUAGACCCCCUUACAGAACCAAGCACAGGAUAG